AUGCCUCGUCAGCGCACAGCCUGCUUCAGUUGUGCCUCCAUCAAGAGCGCGUGUAGCCAGGGUCAACCCUGUCAGCGCUGUAAGCGCCUUGCGUUGACCUGUUCUUAUGCAUUCGCCCACCUUCGCAAAUGGACAGACCCUGAUGAGGGGCAACAUCAAUACCGACGGAGGGUGCGCCAUUCUCGUUCUCGGAAUGGGUGUGAGAGUUGUGUGCGUCGACGAAAAAAGUGCGACGAAGCGUUUCCCAAAUGUGGCGAGUGCCGCCGAUUAAACAUUUCCAAUUGCCGAGUGGGAGGGAGCAAAAGCACCGAUGAUGAGGGGCAAGGGGCCCGGAAAAUUGUCCCUGAAAGUCGUGAGGCCACCGAUUCCCAAUUACCCCACAGGAACAUCAGCUCCCUGGAUUCGAAAGUGAACGAAUACCUCGGUUACGUCGCGUCAUUACCGGAGGGGGACCUGACAGGAAUCACCCGUCGCGGGCACUUGAAUGAAAGCAGCGCGCUGCACUACCGACGUGGAGUCCAGGAGGGUGCUCAAGAGAAGGAGACGACGAGUGAUGUCGUUGUUGCGUUGGGGGGCGUGGCUCGUUUGAAACAAGUGAAUAUACCUGAUUUAGAUGCCACCGAGCACCAUUUGUUCUUGCAUUACAUGCAUCAUGUUGGCAGGGCACUGGUAGUGGUGAGUAAUCGCGAGAACCCGUUCCUUCAAGAAAUCCGCCAGAUGGCCAUGGAGGUCAAGGCAGUCCGACAUGCCAUGCUGGCUUUGGCUGCUUGUCACCUGUGCAAGGUAUAUCCCAAGUUUGAGGAUACAUUGAUUCGUCAGCAUAGUUUGGCUCUCUACUACUUGAAGCUAGAUUUGCGAGCACAGCGGACAACUGAUUACAUACUGGCGACCUCUCUUUUGCUUUCUCUAUUCGGGAUCUGUCAAGGAAACUCUCAGAAAUGGAUUCUUCACCUCUACGGAGCAAAGGCUCUCAUCGACUCACACCUGGACCGUCCCAGUCCUAAACCACUAUCGGAAUUUUUGCUCGAUCUCUACGACUUCAUCUGCUGUAAAACAAGAAUCACCUGCGACAAGGUACCUAAGUUACGGGGCGGAUAUCCAAUACUCUCAUCCUAUAACGAACGACCCCACAACAGCAUCCAUCCCCUAUUCGGUCUCGCCGGUGAUCUAUACCAAUUGCUAGAUUCCAUUACCCAACUAGCCUUAGACCGAGCAAACCCCGAUACCACACCCGAGAGGCAAGCCAUGCACCUCACUAGGGCCCGAGAAAUCGAAAAAAGACUGCAACUAUGGGCUGUACCAGCCAGAGUCAAGCAUCCAAACGACCAACUCCUACAGGAUAGCACCAUGGCAGCGGAAGCCAUCCGAUGGGCUGCACUCAUCCGACUAUAUCAAGUAAUGGGCGAAUCAUACAGUAACCCAACAAAGCAUCACAACGCAGCCGAGAACAUCCUAGCAGUCAUCGCACAAAUCCGCCCCGGCUCGCCGGUCGAUGCACAACUCCUACUCCCCCUAUUCAUGGCGGGAUUGAGCGUGUCUAGGAAAACAGAGCGACUACAGAUCGAGUAUCGAAUUAGUCUACUGGAGAGUAGUAUCGGAAUGGGAAAUAUUGCGGGCGCUCAUCAACUAUUGGAUAUUGUUUGGGAGCAGAGUGAUGAAGAUACGCUGGACUGGGAGGUACUGGUACAGAGGGGAUAUCCUUGUGUACUUUUGUACUGA